CCCUUCUGUAUGCAACCAUUUUUGGUAAUGUGACAACAAUAUUUCAGCAAAUGUAUGCUAACACAAACAGAUAUCACGAAAUGCUGAACAGCGUCCGGGACUUUCUAAAGCUUUACCAGGUCCCCAAAGGGCUGAGUGAACGUGUGAUGGAUUACAUCGUUUCCACCUGGUCUAUGUCCAGAGGAAUAGAUACUGAAAAGGUUUUGCAGAUAUGCCCUAAGGACAUGAGAGCAGAUAUCUGCGUGCAUCUGAACCGCAAAGUGUUCAAGGAGCACCCAGCCUUCAGGCUGGCCAGCGACGGGUGCCUCCGAGCGCUUGCCAUGGAAUUCCAGACGGUGCACUGUGCCCCGGGCGACCUGAUCUACCAUGCUGGAGAGAGCGUCGACAGCCUUUGCUUUGUGGUUUCGGGGUCUUUGGAAGUAAUCCAGGAUGAUGAAGUUGUGGCCAUACUGGGCAAAGGAGACGUUUUUGGUGAUGUGUUCUGGAAGGAGUCUACCCUGGCCCAGUCCUGUGCUAAUGUAAGGGCUUUGACUUACUGUGAUCUUCAUGUGAUUAAGAGAGAUGCCUUGCAGAAGGUGCUGGAGUUCUAUACAGCCUUUUCACACUCCUUCUCCAGAAAUCUAAUUUUGACCUACAACUUGAGAAAAAGG